AUGUGUAUGUUAGAAGUAUAUGGUCCCUGCAUUUCAACAGCUAAUGGACUGGACUGGGCGCGUCAUCGCAAGAUUGUGGCUACUCCAUUCAAUAAAAAUAUCAUGUCUUAUGCCUGGGAUGAGAGUGUCGAGCAGAGUCGCCAAAUGCUUGAUGUCUGGGCUGGAGAAGAGUCGAGCGAGAUAACCAGUGUUUCAAAAGACACACGCACGGUUUCAUUAAAUGUUCUGGCUGCAACUGGAUUUCGCAAAUCAUACCCAUUUCGAAGUGUGCAAGAGCAGGAUGGUCCGGCGAGUUACCGUGAUUCUUUACAAACUAUUCUUGAUAACGCUAUUCUCUUGAUGGUUGCCCCGAGAAAUCUUCUUGGCAUGCCAUUUGCACCGAAGUCGUGGCAGGUACUUGGAAAAGCGGCCAAGGACUUCAAAAAUCAUAUGCUCACAAUGCUGAAUGAUGAGACUAAGGCUUUGAAUAAAGGCAAGCCUGGAUCUGGGAGUCUGAUGACGACUCUGGUCCGAGCUAUGGAUAUUCAGAAAGCGAGUACUAAAAACGAAACAUCCAAUGAACUACAAAAGGGACUCUCAGUCGAUGAGAUCUUUGAGGUGCAAGAUUGGGUAGCGGAGGAGCUGGAAUGGAUUCCAGAAGAUCUUCAAGGGCAAUAUUCUGAGAUAUAUCCCAAACUGAACAGGUGUAGAGUACUCAUGCUCGAAACUCUCCGCAUCUUCCCACCAGUCCCCUCUCUCCCGAAAUUGACCUGUGGUUCCCCUCAAACCCUCAAGUUAAAGGAUAAAACAAUCGUGAUCCCUCAAAACUCAGAGCUGCUCAUUAAUCUGAUCAACACUCAAAAUAGCUGGACUUACUGGGCAGAUCCAUUCACCUGGAGACCAGCGCGAUGGGUAACGAACUCAGCCACAACCGAGUCUGAUGCAGCCCUCUUACUGGAGCCUGAACGAAUCCUUACCCCAAAAUUGGGUUCGACUGCUCCUGAUAAUGAACGCCUUGUCACACCUUCGCGAUGCACUUAUUUCCCCUGGGCUAAUGGUGGCCACAGCUGUCCUGGAAACAAGUUUUCCCAGGUUGAAUUUGUGGCGGUUAUGGCUAAAUUGCUACGCCAUUACAGAGUACGAGCUGUUCCUAACCCUGGGGAGACCUCUGAACAAACUCGUAAUAGGACUUUGGAUAUUACUCAGGACGUUGACCUUCAGUUGCUUUUGAGGAUGAGAGAUGGGGACCAGAAGCCCAUGAGACAUUCGUCGAUUAUGGCUGACGCGGUGGUUUAUGAUUUCGACAAGUUCGGCCCAACUACACAAGCCCACCUCCGCUGGACAAAAUUCAAUACGGUCAUGUUUUUAGCUUGGACACAAAAUGUUUGCUCUGGUGAAAGGGAGAAAACCGGAUACGAGAGAGAUUUGAACUUCAACCCAAACGCUGUCGAAAUUGUGUCGACUCCGUCUGAAGAUGGCUACCCGAUCAUGGCAAAAAACACCUACUUCAACUUGAAGAGCUUCAUUGCUUCAUUGACGACAAAGGCGACACUCAAUUCAACCGAGAAUAGGCACAAUUCCGAGCCAUGA